UUCUUUUUAUUUUGCUAUAAAAUUAUUUUGGAGCAUGUUCUUUGAUCUAUAAUAGAACAUUUUCUCUCCACAAAUAGUAUUUUGAGUGCUUCAAUACAGGAUGGAGGGGUGAGAGGAAGAGUACUAAAUAACCAUGGGAAGAGUACCAGAUAAGGAAAUCUCCCUUUUAUAUAUAUGAGACACAAAAUAACCAAGCACCUUAAAAUGGAAAGGGAUAAUCACAUAAUAGAAGAGAGAGGAAAGAACACCGAGCUUCUUCCGCAGGAAUUGAUAAUUGAAAUCUUGUUGAAGUUACCAGUCAAGUCUCUUAGUCGUUUCAAAUGUGUGUGUAAGUCAUGGCUUUCACUUAUCUCUGAUCCACACUUCACAACAUCGCACUUUGAACUAGAUACUCCACACACUGAGAGACUUGUGUUCUUUGUGCCUCGCACUCGUGAAGCCCGAUCUAUAGACUUCAACCUACCCCUUCAAGAUGAUUCUGCUUCUGUUGCAUUAAAGCUUGAAUUUUUGCCCCCAAAACCUUGUGAUAUUCAAAUUCGUGGUUCUUGUCGAGGGUUUGUGCUUUUGGAUAGCUGUCAAAGUCUCUGGGUGUGGAACCCAUCCACAGGUGCCCACAAGAAAGUACCUUCUUCACCUACUGUCUUAAUGGGUAUGUUUUUCAUUUUCCUUUAUGGUUUUGGGUAUGACCCCUCAACUAAUGAUUACAUUGUGGUUCAAGCCUCCUGCAACCUUUAUGGUCUAAUCCGUGUGGAGAUUUUCUCACUCAAAGAUAAUGCAUGGAAAGAAAUGGAGGGGAUCAAUUUGUCCAAAAUUAACAAUUGGAAUGAUAGAAGAAAUGGGUCCCUCUUGAAUGGUGUUAAUGCUAUUCAUUGGUUGACUUAUCGUUAUAAUGUACCAGAACAUUUUAUUCUUGCUUUUGAUUUGAUGGAAAGGAAUUUUACAGAGGUUCCUCUCCCGAUUGGUUUUAAGGAGAACUGUGACUUUAAUUUUUGUGAUUUGGGGGUGCUUGGAGAAUUUCUCAGUCUAUGUGUUGUGGGGCAUCAUUGUCCUGCAGAAAUAUGGGUGAUGGAAGAAUAUAGAGUGCAAUCAUCUUGGACUAAGAUUAUUGUUGUGUCUGUUGAUCAGGUUCCUACUCGAUACUUCACUCUAAUUUGCUCUACAAAGGGUGGUGAUAUUGUUGGAAAACUUAGGAGUACUACAUUGGUGAAAUGUGAUGCUCAGGGACAACUGCUAGAGCGUCAAUACUAUUAUGAUUGUCCAAAUGGAUUUCCAAUGACCGUGUAUACAGAGUCUCUACUUUCACUCCCAUUUGAUAGUGAACAAGCUGAAAAUGAUGACUAGCAAUAGCAAACGAGAAGAGUUGGGUUGUGAAAUGUUUUAUGAUACCUUUACUAUUUUCUAGAUACCUAUGUUGUGUUAUGGUUUAUGAAUUCCUAUGGUAGAUAUAAUAAAGCAUGAAAAUGUAAUAGGGUAGAACUAUAAAAGUGUUGUUUCAUAGUUGUUAUGUUAUAUUCUUACAUCAAGAUGUUAUUUAUGAGAAAUAGA